AUGAUUUUUUCUUUUAAUUUGCGAAUUCGCCUACGUUUACUUGUUGAUAUUUUCAUCUUUACAGCGGGCCUUGGAGAAGGUUUUGAAAUGCGAUGGUGCACAAUUUCAGCUGAGGAGACAUCCAAAUGUAAAGAUUUUAAAAGCGCUAUAAACAAAUUUGCUUCAGAAGAGAACUUAUCUGUCGAUUUUUCCUGCGUUCAGGGGAGUAAGGCUGUGGACUGCAUGAAGAAAAUUAAGAGUGGCAAAGCUGACCUGAUUACUCUUGAUGGCGGAGAAAUCUUUACUGCAGGUAAUCAAACUUUGUUAGAAAACUUACCCGAAAUAUUUAGUUAUUUGAGAGCCUAGUAACAAGGAUUUUUAAAAAAACUGCCUUCGUUAAAUUUUACACCAUUUUUAUCUCUUUCCUAUGUUAGUAACAACAAAACUCGAAGAAUCGGCGUUACGGAAUUUACAAGUUAACCGAAAAUUGCAAAAUUUGCAAUUUCAAACAUCUUUGGUGAGGUUUUCGACAAAUUUUUCAAAGGUUUUAUCCUUUUAUCAUAUAAAUUAGUGAUUUUCGUCAAAGCUUUGUUCCAAUUCGACAUAUUUUCUUUUUGUUGUUUAUAAACACAUCUUCAAAGCGGCGCUGCAGAUUUUCCAAUUUGAACGGUCUUGCACUGACGAACGCGGAAUAUGAACAUAUGUAACAUAACAAUAAACUGUCAAGUGGAUAAAGCUCUUUUGUUGGUUUUUAAUAAAAGUGCUCAACAUAGCGCGGUACAUGUAUCAGUAUCUAAAUGAUUCCUUCAUACAAUGACUGUCAAUAUUGAGAAUAUAGAAGAAAUCAGGGACACCCAAUGACUGUUUUCUGUGAAAUAUCUGUUCGGAGAAGCAAAAGUUGCCUAGAAUGUUCUGUAGGUCGAGGAAGGCUAAAACUUUUAAGAUGACAGUUCCAUUCAUGUACAAUUUUCGAAGCUUAUCGUAUAUAUGAAUUCCCUAGGAGAUAACAAAAUGAUGAGUAUGAACAUAAGGUAUGGCGUGUGCGAAGUCUACGAUUUUCUGAAGUUUAAUUUUUCCCAUUUCACUCCCCAAGUUAAACUAUUUUUGGGAAACCUAAAAUGUUGCGAAACCGGAAAUGCAAUGCAGAGAGGAAAAGAAAAAUUCUCACUUUCGUAAAACUUUAAAAUAAGGAAAAUAAUUCUGAAGCUCUUCUUGUUUCGAAAAGACUCAAGUUGCCCUAGGAUGACAGAACAGAUGAGUAAUUUUUAGCGUCACUUAGAAUACAUUCCUAGUAAUCUCAGUAAAAGUACUUAGGAGGAAACCGUCGUUGGGUGCCCCUGAGAAAUGAACACGUUUGCUCUCAAUGUUCUUCGUUUACUGCACUCUAAUUGCUUGCCGCUACUUGGGAAAUUUUCCUCUUCUCACGCGACUUUAUCUUUUAAGGAAAGAAGUAUGAAAUGGUUCCCAUUGUUGGUGAAGAUUAUGAAACUGGGACCACAAGUUAUUUUGCAGUGGCGGUUGCAAGGAAGAACUCGAGCCUUACGUUUAAAACUCUAAAAGGAAAAAAGUCUUGCCACACUGGAGCAGGAAAAACAUCCGGUUGGAACGUACCUGUUGGUCUUCUUCUCUCAAAGAAUAUCAUGCAGACAAACGAAAGUUGCAAUGCUUAUACGGCAGCCGGGGCGUUUUUCAGUGAAAGCUGCGUACCAAGUAAGAAUAUCACUCCUACGUAUUCUCUCCGAGUCUGAAUUUUUUUAAAGGGUAUGUCAUAGACUGGUACGUACUGUCUAUUAAAGCUGUGUCUCGGGACAGGGCGCUGCUUCAUAUUAAGGAAACUGGGAUAAGCUAGGCCGUUUUAGCCUGUUCACAGGCCCUCGAUUUUCUCUUCAAAGUCCGUCAAGCGCGCGUGAUAAAAAAUAAUAACCGCGGGGGAUUUAUUGAUCGCCAGCGCAAGGGAGUACAGGUAGGGGUAGGCUUGCUCGCCGAUGUUUUCGAAAGUGACGAAAAGAAAAAUAAAACAAUGUCUGUGUACAGGCUACUGCCAUUGGGCCAUUGUGUCGUGUGUGCCUUUACCCUUUUUUAUAGCCAAUUACAUCUAGACCAUCAUAUUUGUCAUGAUAGACAACCAAUAACAUCGUGACCUAGUGACUACCGCUCUGGUUGUCAGUCGCUGUCAACAACAGUCCUAUUCAGGAUACCGCUCAGGCUGGAUGAUAAGAAUCCACCUACUUACUCUAUAUUACUGAGACCUGAGUUCCAUCAAUCAAAAGUCAGGAAGUGAAAUGCUUUGAAAAUUGGUUAGGUAGGGAUAGCACUUUUCCAUUUUUUAGUCUGUAACAUUUUUCUUUUAUCUUGGUUACAGAUGUCAAAACUUCGACUUACGAUCCGACAGGUACUAAUCCUGACAACUUGUGCGCUUUGUGCACAGACGAAUGCAGCAAAAAUGGCAACUAUUCUGGCUACUCUGGCGCUUUCAAGUGUUUGAAGGACGGAGUGGGAGACGUGGCGUUUGUUAAACACACUACAGUGCCAUCAGCUGAGGCUAGCUCAUAUGUAUAUCUGUGUAAAGAUGGAACUACCAAGGGUAGGUAUUGCGGUUUACUGCAGCACGGCGUGCUACGCAGUUUAACAAGUCUCCUUCAAUACUUUUCUUGUAGAACAAGAGACCCAGGCCACUGUCGACGUAAUAUAUCAAAAAGUGGUGAUUUUCUUUUCCAGAUACGUAUGAAAACUGUUACCUCGCAAAAGUUCCAUCUCAUGCCGUGAUGGUGAAAAAAGGAAACGCUAACAAUGCCAACUACAGACAACUAUUGCUAUAUGCUUCUAAAGUUGCCGGAAUCAAUCAAACCGAUCCGACACAGUUCCAGCUGUUUAAUUCGUCCAAGUAUAAGGGUAAAGAUCUCUUGUUUAAAGACUCAACGAAGCGGCUCGUUGACGUUAAGGACAAGAACACCUACGAAAAAUGGCUUGGUACCGACUACCUGGAAGACCUGAAGGCCUUAACAGCUUGUCCAACUACACCCCGGUCAACUACACGGCUUACUGCAGGAGGAAAGAAUAACAUGUUAGAAUUACUGUCUGCCAUGAUCUCCUUCAUAGCACUGUUUUACACAGGAGCUUUGUUUAAAUGAAAGCUCUGCAGUAAGUAGCGAACAUCCUUUGUUUCUGCUUCUGUUAUCUUUUAAAUUGUUUGGUAGUACAACCACAAGGGUUUUUCCUUUGGAAAAAAGCGAGUUGUUAGAGUCACAGUAGUUGAACCCCACCCUCCACUCUCGGGCAUUGAUUUUUUCCCGCCAAGGGAUGGACUAUUUACCCUUAAAAUCAGAAAACCUUGAAUACCAACUGAAAUAUUUUAGGGAUAUUGAUUGACAGUAUUGAGGUCCGUCACAAGAAAGGUAAAGGACUCACCGACAGACUUUUAGACCACCCGUUAAUUAAUUCCAAUGUUUAGUUUUCUUACACUUGAUUGGCCUUUUUCUUGCAAUACAAUAACAUUUCCUACAUUUUCCUUUGUUCACGGUUCUCCAAGUUUCACAGCACUUUUGAUGAUCAGAUGUGUAAGGACAAUUAUAUCCACGGGUUUUAAAAGCGAAAAAAAAUCAUACAUAGUGCAGCGGCAGCCUGCGUGCUGACGUCUGCUGUUUCCUUUAUGAUUAGGCAAGAGAGGAUAAAGGAUUAGGCUUAGAAUGUUGACAUGUCGUGAAAAAAUAUCAUGCAAAGCAGAAGCCUGAAGAAAGUCAAUGCACACGAAAUUAGCUCGAAAGAUUGAAAGUGCUUGAAAUAUUGAUGCGCUUUUUCCGCUCAAACAUAAUUAGUCCAUCCCUUAGUUGAACUUUCAAGUUUCCUUCUUGCUGUUUUCUACUGACUUUUUUUCGUUAGUCCUAGCUAUGCCGUCAAAUAUUUUUUAACGGCAGUUCUUGCCAGUUUCAUUUGCUAGGAAGAAACAAUUGUGUCAGUGAAGUCAGUGUGUUAUAAAAAAAAUGCUUUGUUCUUUGGUUGACUCUCAGAGAAAGAAUAGACUAUGAGAGGUUUAACCCUUAGACUUGAUAAGUGUUUGGUCCACUUUUCAAGGAGAAAGCAAUUUUCUUUUAUGUAUUAGACAGAGAAUAAACAACGUUAAACUGGAUUGUUUCCUUGUUAACCAGCAAAUUAGAAGGAUUUAUUUAGGAAGAAAAUAGUUUUUAAUCUCAUUUUUGAGAACGAAUAAACAAAGUUAUACUCAAUAUUAUAUUGCUUCUGUUUUUCCUAACAUUUUUUCAUAUAAAAGGUGUUGGAUUUGAUUUGAUUUUCUGUUAGUUGUAAAUCAUGUUUUAAUUUCUGUUCAAGUCCCUGGCAAC